GGGGGGCGGGCAGCGAUGGCGGCCGCCCUGGGGCUCUCGUCCGCGGCGGGUUCCCCCGCCGUGAGCGAGCUGUGCCAGAACAGGAGGGAGAUCUUCCUGGAGGCCUCGCGGCUGCUCCUCACUUACGCUGACAACAUCCUCCGGAAUCCCUAUGAGGAAAAAUACAGAUUAAUUCGGAUUGGAAAUCCAGCAUUUUCCACAAGGUUGUUGCCUGUCAGAGGAGCUGUUGAAUGUUUAUUUGAGAUGGGGUUUCAAGAGGGAGAAACUCACCUGGUUUUCCCUAAGGAAGCUUCAAUUGAGCAGCUACGUAAAAUCAGAGACUUAAUUGCUGGAGAGAGGAGUAGCAGACUGAAUGAGUCAAACCAAAUCCACAGAUCAGGAUCCUCUGAAGCUGUCAGCAGCACUCAGACAGCUCCACAACGGCCUUCGAGACCUGUUGCCCCUGCCCGUCAGCAACCAGAAACAUCACUUGUGCAAUCUCUUGAAAUGGCUGCAAAAAUCUUGAAAACACUUCAAACAAAAUUUGAGGGUCUUGUAUUGAUGUAUGAGAAUCCUUCUAUUCAGCAAAAAGCACUGGCUGCAAUUCCCCUCCAGGAAUUGAAAAGCAAAGCUCAGAAAAAGCUAGCACAAGCUACGAGACUGGACAAAGGUGCACAUGUGAGUGAAGAGGACUUCUUAUUGUUGGAGCUUUUGGACUGGUUUAAGACUUCCUUUUUUCAUUGGGUAAAUAGUCUUCCUUGCAGCAGGUGUGGUGGGCAGACAGAGCCUAAAAGUGGCUACCUGUUGCCUACUGAUGAUGAUUUAAGGUGGGAUGCCAGACGAGUGGAAAACCAUUUCUGCAACCAGUGUCAGCUCUGUAAUAGAUUCCCAAGGUAUAACAACCCUGAAAAACUUCUGGAAACCAGACGUGGACGCUGUGGCGAGUGGGCCAACUGUUUUACACUGUGCUGCAGAGCUGUAGGGUUUGAAGCAAGAUACGUCUGGGACCAUACAGAUCAUGUGUGGACCGAAGUAUAUUCUUCAUCUCAGAAAAGAUGGCUUCACUGUGAUCCUUGUGAAAAUGUCUGUGAUAAGCCUCUUCUCUAUGAAGCUGGCUGGGGAAAGAAGCUCUCCUACAUAAUUGCAUUCUCCAAAGAUGAGGUGGUUGAUGUCACCUGGAGAUACAGCAGUAAACAUGAAGAAGUACUCUCUAGAAGGACAGCGCUCAGUGAAGCUAUGCUGCGAGAGACAAUUAAUGCACUAAAUAGAACGAGACAAAAGUCUUUGUCAGAAAAUAGAAAAAGAGAGCUCCUGGAAAGGACUAUUGUGGAGCUUGUUGAGUUUAUUUCUCCUAAAACACCUAAACCCGGAGAGUAUGGUGGAAGAACAUCAGGCUCAAUGGCUUGGCGAGUAGCCAGAGGUGAAAUUGGUUCAGAGAAAAGAAAAGAAGUAGUUUUUAUUCCCUCUGAAAAGGAGAAGACAUCUAAACUGUUUCAUCUUGUCUACAAUGUAGUAGAUGAUAGUUAUACACGGAUUUCCAAUAACAAUGAAAAAAUAAGUGGCUGGGAAGCAGGUGUUUGGAAGGCAGAAUCUGUUUGGAGAAAGGUUGAAACAGAUUGGAAAAUGGUUUAUUUAGCCCGAAAAGAAGGGUCAUCCUCUGCUUCCAUCAGCUGGAAGUUUGAGUGCAAGUCAGUCGGUCUAAAAAUAGAUAACAUUUCAGUUAGGACAAGCAGUGAAACAUUUCAUAGUGGAAGAAUACAGUGGAGACUUCACUCUCCUACAGCAGAAAUUGCUCUGAUAGGAGAUAAAAAUCUUUGCUCCUAUUCAGAUUUUUCUGGAGCAACGGAAGUUGUGUUGGAAGCGGUUCUGAAUGGAGGGGAUGGUGAAGCUGCAUGGCAACACACACAGCUGUUUAGAGAGAGCUUAACAGGAUGUGGGGAAAAUUGCUUGGAAAUAAUUAUAAAACUCAGUGACCUCUGAGAAUCUGAACUGCAGAAGUGUACUUUGGAUUCCUUGAAGAAAUUAUACCAUGGAUACAACACGAAGAUUUGGUUGGCAAUUCCUCUUCAUUCUGCUGGCAGAUUAUUUCCUGUUUCACUGCUUCCAUUAAACCAGCUUGAAACGGCACAUGUAUUGAAUAGGUAAACAUCACAAUGAAAACCUCUUUGCUAUAAAAACAAGGACAAAAAUUAAGGGAUUGAAUCAUAAAGUACCCUUUUCUUAAACUUUACAAUGACAAGGAAACAAUUUUUAGGAAGCAAAACAUGAUCAUAGAAGCACAAAGUAAUUGUAAUUGAUUUUAAUUUGGAGUUUUGGGAUUAGCUUGCUGCUUUUUUUUUGGUUUUUAUAAUCUGCUUGGGAAAACAGAUUGAAUUCUGUUUUCCAAUUAUAACAGAUGCUUCUGAUGAUUUCAAAAUAUUUUAAACAAUAUUAGAGGAUUUAGACUUUUUUAAAAAAUUUUGAUUUUGUGUAGUAUCCAGAAGUGUUGAAAUUAAGUUAAUUUCAAUAUUGCUUCAAAAUUUCCUUGUUAGAUGUCUAAGUAUUAAACCUGUGUUUAAUACCUAGAACUAUUUGGAAGCAUGGUGGUUGCUGGGAAAAUAACCUCAUUUUGAAAGAAGUGUUCAUUAUGUACCUGAAAUUGUCAUGGCCUGUGAUAUGAAAUUGAGGCUUAAAACUGAGUAAGAACAUCAUAUUUUUUUCUAUGAAAAAAUAGGUUAUUCAUUAUAAAUACUUUUUAAAUAAUAUUAAUUCGGAUUUGCUUAAUAAAUCUUUUACAAGUUAGGCACGUAGGUUGAAAUCCUUUUAAGCUGUUGUCUUGACUUGCUUUAAAUACUCUUCCCAAAUUUGAUGUUAAAGUGUAUACUUUUUUUUUCUGUUCAGUUAAUUCAGUGUUUACAUUUAUUUUCAAUCAAUAUAAUAAAAAAUACUAUCCAGGAGACAUCAGAUGUUGCAGUGCUCUGAAUAAAACAUGGAGUGAAUGUUCAGAUUAGAUAAUCUUUAUCAGAAUGUGAGGAAGGCCUUGCCUGGAUUAUACAAGAGAUACUCUAAUAUAGAACUAAAAUACAAAGUUCAAACUAUGGUUUUAUUUUUAAAUAAGGGAGAAUUAAGGAUGAUGCUCUCAAGAUCAGUGUUUUUAAAGUUUUUCUUCCUUUUUCUGAUCUUUCCAACCUCUGUAUUGAUUUCCAGUGUUUGUCAAAAAUAAUUUAUGUUGAAAUAAAUGUUUGCUGACCUUUCAACAAA